GUUUGGGACCCAAACUGCUAAACCUGUCCUAAACGGGACUUGUACUUAACACUUGCAGUCUCAAAACACAUCCUCAACCUCGAGGGACGAGGUUUAUUUUGACAAGACUUGUGAAAUAAGAGUCCGCGGGGACAUAUUCACUUCAAAGAAUAGAUUCAUAAAUCUGUCUGGGGAUAUUAAUUAUGUAUCAUGGCUAGAACUUUUCUAACCCUCAGGCCAUCCAUCUUGCUCGGAUCUAAGUAUUUGUUAUCGUACCAUUUAUAAGUGUCGAAUACCGUACAAGCAUACAACAGAUCUCACAGCCUGACAGCUUUCGAAUGAGUGCGAAGCGAAUAAUUAUCAACUCUGUUCGGGCGGGUCCUUGUUAACAGAACAGUGGCGUAAACGCGUGAUAGUAUAUAUAAGCCCUUAUCCCAAAGUACCGAUAUAUCAUUCCUAUACUAUCCCUAUCGUCAUGGUCAAGGAAAGUCGAGUUGAUGUGCUCAUCAUCGGUGCAGGUCCAUCUGGGCUCAUGUGUGCCAAUGCACUAGCGGGCGCUGGAGUGGACUUUAGGAUCAUAGACAACAGGCCGGUUGGUGUGGCCGCUGGGCAAGCCGAUGGCAUACAGCCUAGGACGAUCGAAGUUCUUCAAAGUUAUGGUUUGGCAGAUUCUUUAUUGAAGGACGGCGCUCAGAUGUAUUUGUGUGCCUUUUACAACCCUGGCCCUGAUGGCGGCAUCGAACGCACUGGCCGAGCUCCAGACGUGACAGCUCCAUCGGCCCGCUAUCCCUUCAAGAUCACGAUCGAUCAAGGGUCAAUUGAAUCACUGUUCAUCGAGUCCAUGAAGUCCCAAGGAGUAUCAGUUGAUCGUCCGAUGGCACCUUCUUCCCUAGAAAUUUCAGAGGAUCCUGAGGAGCUUCUGGACCCAUCCGCAUACCCUGUAAAGGUGGUAUUGGACCACAUACCCUCUUCGGACUCGGACGCUACUCCAGAACAGGAAAUCGUUCACGCGAAGUUCGUCCUCGGUGCAGACGGUGCACAUUCGUGGGUUCGGAAAAACCUGGGUUUUUCGAUGGAUGGAGAACAAACAGAAUACAUAUGGGGUGUGAUCGACUUCGUUCCUGAUACUGACUUCCCAGACAUCCGCAAUCGUGCCGCAAUCCACUCCCUCAAUGGCUCAUGUAUGAUCAUACCCCGCGAAGGAGACAAAGUCCGGUUCUACCUGCAAAUGGCGGACAAAGAUGUCAUGGAUCCUGAGACAGGACGAAUCGACAAGCGCAAGGUGACCGCUGAGAACCUCAUCAACACUGCUCGCAAAACAUUCCACCCGUAUGUAGUCAACCAACCAAAAGAAGUGGACUGGUGUUCAAUCUACAUCAUUGGUCAACGUGUAGCCUCUAAUUUCUCUAAACACGAGCGUGUCUUCAUCGCUGGUGACGCUUGUCAUACGCACUCUCCGAAAGCAGGGCAGGGUAUGAAUGCGAGCAUGAACGACACCCAUAACCUUGCGUGGAAGCUGGCACAAGUCCUGCGGGGUAGGGCGGAUAUUUCCCUUUUGAAAACUUACGAGUUCGAGCGCCGGAAAUAUGCUCAAGCUCUCAUUGAUUUCGAUCGCGAGUUCUCCGCUCUAUUUUCUGGCAAACCCAGGACGUCGGAGAACCAAGAGGGUGUUACCCAUGAACAAUUCUUGAGGGCUUUCCAGGCUUCCGGUGGCUUCAGCAGCGGUAUCGGUGUCCAUUACUCGCCUUCAGCAAUUGUCGAUACUAUUCAUCAAAGUUGCGCGCCAGAGAUCAUCAUUGGCGAGCGGAUGCUGCCGCAAAUAUUUGUCCGUGCAGCGGACGCUCGUCCUGUUGAUAUUCAAGACAUGCUUCCCGCGGACACUCGCUUCAAGCUUCUUCUUUUCGUUGGUCUUUUGACGUCCGAGCAGCUCGCGAAUGUUCGAAGGCUCGCUGAGGAGUUGCAACUCCCCACAAGUUUCCUGCAGAAGUACGGCUACUCUGACCAGGGCAAGACACAGUCUGUGUUCGACAUUAUUCCGAUAGCUGCUGGUCACAAGGAUGAUGUGAAUUUCCUCGACCUUCCUCCGGUGUUCAGGUCACACUGGUCUAAGGUCUUGAUCGACGACACGGAUGUGACAGGCCGCUUGGGUGGAGGCGCGUAUUCGAGAUUCGGUAUCGAUGAAAAGGAGAUAACGAUGGUAGUUGUUCGGCCUGACGGUUAUGUCGGUAUGAUCGCACCAUCCACUGCACUAGAGAGCAUGGAUAAGUACUUCGGUUCCUUCCUGAUAGGAAAAACUUGAACCCGGGGGAGUAAUGCGCUACCGUACAGCAUCGCGUUUCAUAUGACGAUUCAUCUUGUUUCAUAGGUAUCUCUGUAGUAUAUCACCAAUAGACACCAAAAGCAUGUACGAGUGUGAGGUUGGUUCAAUGGCUCAUCAUGCAUCAUGUACUACAAGCUUGUCAAUUAUAAUGACUGGAUAUAGUUGGUCA